AUGGUCCGCUACCGCAUCCGCGUGGCCACCGGCGCCUGGGCCUUCUCUGGGUCGUUCAACCGCGUGCAGCUGUGGUUGGUCGGGGAGCGCGGGGAGGCGGCGCUGCAGCUGCAGCUGCGGCCGAUGCGGGGCCAGGUGGAGGAGUUUGAGCAAGACGUCCCCGAGGACUUGGGGCCACUGCAGUUCGUGAAGCUGCGCAAACACCACUCCCUGGUGGACGACGCGUGGUUCUGCGACCGCAUCACGGUGCAGGGUCCCGGCGACAGCGCGGAGGCCGCCUUCCCGUGCUACCGCUGGGUGCAGGGCGAGGGAGUGCUGAGCCUGCCCGAGGGCACCGCCCGCCUGGCAGGAAACAAUACCUUGGAUGUGUUCCAGAAGCAUCGAGAAAAGGAACUGGAAGAAAGACAGCAAAUCUACUGCUGGGCCACCUGGAAGGAAGGGUUACCCCUGACAAUGGCUGCUAGCAGUAAGGAUGAUCUACCUCCAAAUGCAAGAUUCCAUGAGAAGAAGAAGCUAGACUUUGAUUGGACAGCGAUGGCAGGGAUUAUGGAGAUUGCCUUCAAAUAUGUUUCCUCCCUCAUGAGCUCCUGGAACUGCCUGGAAGAUUUUGAUAAAAUCUUCUGGGGACAAACGUCUACCUUGGCUGAGAAGGUUCACCAGGGCUGGCAGGAUGAUGAGCUUUUUGGCUACCAGUUCCUCAAUGGCAUCAACCCCAUGCUGUUGAGACGCUCCACCUCUCUGCCCUCCCGGCUGGUGCUGCCCUCAGGGAUGGAGGAGCUUCGGGCCCAGUUGGAAAAAGAACUCCAGAAUGGUACCCUCUUUGAGGCUGACUUCAUCCUACUGGAUGGAAUUACAGCCAACGAGAUCCAAGGAGAGAAGCAGUACCUGGCUGCCCCCCUCGUCAUGCUGAAGAUGGAACCCAGUGGGAAGCUGCUGCCCAUGGUCAUCCAGAUCCAGCCUCCUGACCCCAGCUCCCCAGCCCCACCACUGUUCUUGCCCUCAGACCCUCCACUUGCCUGGCUCCUGGCAAAGUGCUGGGUCCAAAGUUCAGAUUUCCACCUACAUGAGCUCCAAUAUCACUUGCUGCACACUCAUUUGCUGGCUGAGGUCAUCGCUGUGGCCACCAUGAGGUGCCUCCCAGGACUGCACCCUGUCUUCAAGCUCCUGAUCCCACACACCCGCUACACCAUGGAGAUCAACACACGGGCGCUGACCAAACUCGUCUCAGAUGGAGGUUUAUUCGAUAAGGUUACGAGCAUCGGUGGAGGGGGCCAUGUGCAGUUGAUGCGUCGGGCCCUGGCUCAGCUGACCUACCGCUCCCUCUGUCCUCCUGACGAUCUGGCUGACCGGGGCCUGCUGGGAAUCCCAAGUGCCCUCUAUGCCCAGGAUGCUUUACGGCUCUGGGAGAUCAUUGCCCGGUAUGUGGAAGGGAUCAUCCACCUCUUCUACCAUGAGGAUGACGUCGUGAGAGGGGACCCUGAGCUGCAGGCCUGGUGUCGGGAGAUCACUGAGGUGGGGCUGUGCCAGGCCCAGAACCGAGGUUUCCCUGUCUCCUUCCAGUCUCGGGCUCAGCUCUGUCAUUUUCUUACCAUGUGCAUCUUCACAUGCACUGCCCAGCAUGCAGCUGUCAACAAGGGCCAGUUCGACUGGUAUGCCUGGAUCCCUAAUGCACCAUGCUCAAUGCGGAUGCCCCCACCCACCACCAAGGAAGAUAUCUCGAUGGACACAGUGAUGGGUUCACUACCUAAUGUCUUCCAAAGCUGUCUUCAAAUGACCAUCGCAUGGCUCCUGAGCUGGUCACAGCCUGACAUGGUACCCCUGGGGCAUCACAAAGAAGAAUAUUUCUCAGGUUCUGAGCCCAAGGCUGUUUUAAAGCAAUUUCAAAGAGAUCUGGAAAACCUGGAAAGUGAAAUAGUGGCCCGGAAUGAGCAGCUAGACCUUCCCUAUGAAUAUCUGAAGCCCAGCCUCAUAGAGAACAGUGUCACUAUCUGA